AUGCCGCGUGUGUCUGUUUUCUUGUCCUACGCGGACUCCUUUGUCGGCACGCGUCUGCUGCGUCAGUUCCAGCAGUACCCAUCGCACUACGACAUCUACGGCUGCGUGUGGGAUGCGGCCGCCGCAGAGCAGCUCAACGCCGCUGCGUCGGCUGCCCAGCAACAACUGCAGCAGCCAGCGGCGAAGAAACGCGUCGGUGAUGUGACGGGGGAAGACAACAGCGUCUUGGAGGAGAGCUACACUUCCCUGGUGCCCGGUGUUAGUGCCCGUGCCCACACGGCUUUGCCGCUGGAGGAGUCUGGGUCACUCGAAGUGGAGGAUAGCCACCUGGCUGCAGGCGUGGAUGGCGUGACUGCUACCGUGGCUGGCACCGAUGGCAGAGAAAAACCGCUAAAGCUGCAUGCGUCCUGCACCUUUUUCUCACGCCUUGACACAUUGGCCGUGCGUAGCGCGCUGCUCGCGUGCGACUGGAUCGUGCUGGAGCUGCACCAGGCUCAAACGGUGCUAGAGGUGGUGCAGUUCCUGCAGAUGCAGCCCUCCUUUGAGCGACCGAAGCGUCUGGUCCUGCUUUCCAGCCUCAUGACGUGGUACGCCACGCCGUCGCUGGAGGAAGCAGAGGCUGCUGCCGGCGACGGAGACGACGAGGGCGACAGCCCUGGCGCUGAUGGCGAAGAGGACGUCGAAGCGCCGUAUCCCCCGCCUCCACCGCGUUUCCUGGAGAGCAUUCUCGCUGAGGUGCAGGACCGAUCGCGGCACGCUGUAGUGGACGCGAUGCGCGGCGACGCGAGCGCAGCCAAGGAUGAGGACAACAGCGGCGGCGAUGGAGAGGACGAAGACAGGGAGGCCGUCGCCUCGGGUGCGAGCGCAGAGGUGUUGACGGAGGAUCAGUACAACCGUCGUGUACCGCAUCUGCAGUAUCUGAACUGGCGCGAUGCCGAGAGGGCCACCGCAGCAGCGCAUCAUGCGAACGGCCUGCCGCUGGACACCUUCGUCGUUUGCGGAGGCCUCCCCUACGGAGGCGAGGAGGACGUACUCGAACCUCUCUUCCGCCUCGCAUGGUCUGCCGAGCCGGAGAAGGAGGACGAGCACGCGGCGACCUCGGCAACGCUGCCGAUCUUCGGCAGCGGCCACCAGCGUGUGCCAAUGGUGCACGUGCAGGAUCUUGCCUGUUUUGUGCGCAAACUGCUCCGGUGCCCUGCUGACGCCCUGCCGUUCCCCGAGCGGCGCUACCUCUUCGCCACCGACGGGAGCAACCAGAACUCUUGGCAGGGCAUUGUCUCCGCCGUGAACCGCAUGUUUGGUGGGCGGUGUGCGAUGCACCCCGUCGCGCCAGAAUCGUACCCGCUCUACCGCGACGUGGAGCGCUUCACGAUUGACCUGCGUGUGGAGCCGGAGACGAUGCGGAUCAUCAUGGCGCGCACCGAGGAUGCCGAGGAAGGGGCCGAGUCGAGCGAUGCGGCCGCCUCCGCGCAGCAGCAGUUGCCCCUGCCGAACACAUGGAUUGCAGAGGGCGGCAUCCGUCGCCAUCUUCGUGCUGUCGCAGACGAGUUCACCGCCGCCCACCACGUCCAACCCCACCGCAUUGCCAUUGCUGGACCGCCGCUGGUCGGAAAGACGUACCUCGCCAGGCGUGUGGCGCGCUACUACCGUCUUCCACGCGUGUCGCUGGACUCGGUCGUGCUCGACUACACGACCGCCUUGAAAGAGCUCCGCUCACGUGUGGAGUCGACGAAGACCGCGGUUCGAGAAGCCGAGCGGGAACGCCGCCUCGGGCUGAAGCGGCGCCGCCUGCUGGCGCGGCAGCAACGCGAGUGGGAUGCUCAGGCCGAACGUCUCGAUGCCUCCUUAGCAGGUACUCGGGAAGGAGUGGGGUCACCGGGCAACAACGAGCAGGAUUCGGUUGAAGCUGCUGACCUCGCGAGUCACGGCAGCUACCCCGCCGGCAGCAGUGCGAAUCGCGCAAAUAACUACAGCGAGCCAGGAGAAGCGCCGACAGGAACCGGUGCGGACGCCUGUGUGGCGACGGUGGCGGUCCACGACGACGAUGAGGUCGUUGCAACUGAGCUGGCCCUCACCCAGGCAGAGGAGGAGGAGCUGGAUACGUUCGUGUCGGAAUGGUGGGCCGAGCAGCCGCAGGCGCACGCGUGGAUUAGCAAGAUUGCGGAGAUGGAACGCGUGCUGCUGCUUCGGCUGCACCAACGACCGCCAACGCCUGAGGUGAACCCGAAGAAGAAAGCUGCCGCCGCGGGUGGCGGUGGCGGCAACGCGAAGAAAAAAGGCAACAAGGACGCGCAGAAGACGCGCGAGGAGGAAGAGGAGCAGCAGCAGCUCAAAGCUGCUCUGCAGCACGCGCCGUUCCAGCCCCGCGCCCUCGCUCUCAUGCUGCGCUGGCGCCUUGCCCAGCCAGAUUGUCAGGUGCAGGGAUUCGUCCUGGAUGGGGUGCCGACGACGUUGGAGUUGGCGCGGCUCGUGUUUGGCGACAGCGAGGAUGAACAGCUCCAGCCGCCGCUGACGGAGGAAGAGGCGCUUCGGCCGCGCUACGCCAACGAAGGCGGCGCCCCUGCCACCGCUGCAGCUGGUGCUCCGGACGACGGCCACGACGACAAAGAAGCCGGCGCCGCGGAGGCGGCUCCGCCAAAGGAGCCGGCGAGUGAUGCCCGGCUGCCAAACCACGUCAUUGUGCUUCAAGCGUCCGACACGUACCUGCUGAGCCGCCUUAAGGCGAUGGGAGCGGCGUCGGAGGAGGGCGCCGUGAACGUCUGCGGCAACGACGAUGCCACACGCCCCGUCGACGUGGAAGCCUUCUACCACGCUCUCCAGACAUACAAGCGAGAGUACGUUGACAUGCCGUAUUCAGUGCUCAGUUACUGGGAGUGUGCGGCUGCCACCACCGCGCCGCUGCUGAGCACUGGCAGCGCGAUGGGCGAGGAGCGCCGCGCCGAGGUGCACUUGGUGACGGUCGAAGGCAACGAGCCUCUUGUCCCACCUUUGCCGCCCAUGUCUGCAUACGCACCGCCGCAGCUCAGCAGCACGGAGAAGCUGCUCGGGCAAGUUAUUCUCGGACGUCCUCACAACUUUGGCAAGAGCCUAGAGGAGAUCCAGCGGGAGGCCGUGCGUCAGCGCUGUCUGCUGGCUGAGGAGGAGAACGCCCGCGCUCAGCAGAUAGCGGCCCAGGCGGCUGCCGAAUCCCUGGAGUGCGAGCAGGAGUCCGAAGCCCGCUCAGUAGCCGAGGAGAGACUUCUAGCACUGAAGCAGGCUGACGUGGCGGAGCUGGAAGCACGCAAGCGGCCCAUGACAAACUAUCUUCAGGAGCGCGUGCUGCCCCUCCUGCACAAGGGUCUUUUGGAGGUGUGUGCAACGCGACCAGCAGACCCGGUGGAUUACCUGGCGGAGUGGCUCAUUCGCCACAACCCACACGACGACAUCUUCUGCGAUCUAUGA